CCUGGUCUCAGACCUGCCAAUCAAACGCAGUACCGAACGUCUUGUUAAUGCAGCAAAGCAGCUGAUAAUAGCUUGAGAAGUGACCGCAGGUUGGCUGCAAUUGCAGCCAGGAGAGAAGGGGGGAAGAUGCCUUCUCCAUCUUUUACCCUGGACGCUCAGCUGAGGUUCCAUGACAAAUGGCUAAAAAUAGACUUACAGCGGGCGUUCUCUCCRGAGGGGCUGAGUGAGAUGUGGAAUGAAAUGGUGAAAGACGAGGAGAUCACGUUUAACGGAGAGGAAUCGGCUCACACAGAAGAUUGCACGGAUUGUUUUGGAACUCAGAAGAAGGAUGAGCCCAAUGAUAAAGAAAAGAAGGAGGAAGAGGAGACGCCAACAUCUGCACAUCACUCCAUCAUUGAGACCUGGGACUGGGGCCGACAACCAGAGGAGACAGAGUUGAAGGACUGUCUGCUGGUGCUUGUUGAGGACCAGCAGAAGCUCUCGGCUCAGAUGGCCAAAAGCACCCUGUCUGCUCAGCGCCUCCGCCAGCGUCUGGUCAUCCUGGAGCGCUAUCUCAUCUCUCUGAGCCACAACAUGAUGGAGGAAAAAUACAAGGUCCGCUGGAAGACGCCCCCCAGCCAACCUCUGCCUGCUGCUAACAACAAGAGCCCUCGUCCGGCCAGUAAAAGUGUUGAAGGUCUGGCCAGAGUCGGCUCCAGGGCAGCGCUCUCUUUUGCCUUUGCGUUCCUGCGUCGAGCGUGGAGGUCAGGAGAUGAUGCAGAUCUUUGCAGUGAACUUCUCCAGGAGUCUCUGGAUGCUCUGCGGGCGCUGCCUGAGGCGACACUUUUUGACGAAGGAACCGUGUCGUCAGUGUGGCUGGAAGUUGUUGAGAGGGCMACAAAGUUCCUGAGUGAUGUGCAUGGAAAUGCCAGCACCAAAGGUAACAUUCCUCUUCAGGACCAGCACCUUGCUCUGGCCAUCCUGCUGGAGCUGGCUGUGCAGAGGGGUACUCUGAGUCAGCUGCUGUCAGCUGUCCUGUUGCUGCUGCGCCUGUGGGAUAACGGCACUAAAGAGAUGGACAACGAACGCUCCACACAGGGGACCAGUGCUCCUCUUCUGCCCCUCCUGCAGCGGUUUCAAAACAUACAUAGCAGCAAGGAAGAGGCUGUUUUGGAUGAAGAUGCUGAGAUUCUCGUGGCCCCCCUGAGUCCCAAUGAAAGUUUCCUGCGUUAUCUGACGCUGCCUCAGGACAAUGACCUGGCCAUUGAUCUUCAACAAACAGCUGUAGUGAUCAUGGCUCACCUGGACCGCCUAGCUUCUCCUUACAGCCCCCCACACUGCAACUCGCCCUCUUCACAUAAGGGGACCUUACAGGAAGUAAUGGCCUGGGGCCUUUUGGGUUGGAAACUAUAUGCCAAUGUCAACGGACCCAUUCAGUGUAAAGCCCUGUCAAGCCUUGGGGUCACACAAAUAGUUUGUUCUGAAAAGGGCUUUCUCAUCCUGUCCAGCAGCGGUGCUGUUUACACCCAGAACUACAAGAGCACAACCCUGGCUCCUAUGCUCGUUUAUGGUCUGAGCUCCAGAAAGAUUAUGAAGCUGGCGGCUCAUCCCGAUGGGCAGCACUACCUUGCCCUGUCGUCCAAUGGGGAGGUGUUCUCAUGGGGUUGUGGUGACGGGGGCCGUCUUGGACAUGGAGACACCACUUAUCUUGAAGAGCCCACAAUGAUCGCAGCCUUCAGUGGGAAGCAGAAUGGAAAGCACGUGGUGCAGAUUGCUUGUGGGAGCACAUACAGUGCUGCUAUCACAGCUGAUGGAGAGCUCUUCACAUGGGGCAGAGGGAACUAUGGUCGACUGGGUCAUGGCUCUAGUGAAGACCAGACUACACCAAUGCUAGUAACAGCUCUGAAAGGACAUAAGGUGGUGGAUGUGGCAUGUGGAAGUGGGGAUGCCCAAACACUUGCUGUAACUGAAAAUGGUCAGGUUUGGUCCUGGGGAGAUGGAGAUUAUGGUAAAUUGGGCCGAGGAGGCAGCGAUGGAUGCAAGACGCCCAAGCUGGUGGAGAAGUUGCAGGAUCUGGAUAUAGUGAAGGUGUGCUGCGGAAGUCAGUUUUCAGUAGCCCUCACUAAAGAUGGUCAAGUGUACACCUGGGGAAAAGGAGACAACCAGCGACUUGGUCACGGCACCGAUGAACAUGUUCGCUAUCCAAAGCUUCUCGACAGCCUGCAAGGAAAGAAAGUGGUGGAUGUUGCAGUAGGAUCCACACAUUGUCUAGCUCUCACAAAUGAUGGAGAAGUACACAGCUGGGGCAGCAACGAUAAGAUGCAACACUUUGAUACACUAUUUUCUAACAAGAAACAGCCCAAGGCGCUCCCAGGGCUAAACUCCAAACAUAUAGUGGGAAUCUGCUGCGGCCCAGGACAAAGCUUUGCCUGGUCCUCUUGCUCAGAGUGGUCUGUCGGGCUGCGUGUGCCUUUUGUGGUGGAUGUUUGCUCCAUGACCUUCGAGCAGUUGGAGCUCCUCCUGCGGCAGGUUAGCGAGGGCAUGGACGGCAGCUCUGACUGGCCUCCACCUCAGGAGAAGGAGUGCAUGGUGGUCACCACGCUGAACCUGCUUAGGCUCCAGCUUCACGCAGCCAUCAAUAACCAGGUGGAUCCCGAGGAGCUGGGCUUGGGGCUUGGCAGCGUGCUGCUCAACAAUCUCAAACAAACGGUGGUGAUGCUGGCCAGUAAUGCCGGUGUGCUCAACACUGUGCAAGCAGCUGCCCAGGCUGUGCUGCAGAGCGGCUGGUCAGUGCUGCUGCCUACAGCUGAGGAACGAGCCAGGGCACUGUCCUCUCUGCUGCCCAACGCUGCAUCUGGAAAUGAGAUGAGUGUGAGUCCCGGACGACGCUUCAUGAUCGACCUGCUGGUGAGCAGCUUGAUGGCAGACGGAGGGUUAGAAUCUGCGCUUAAUGCAGCCAUUACUGCUGAGAUACAGGACAUUGAAGCCAAGGAGGCAGCUCAGAAAGAAAAAGAAAUCGAUGAGCAGGAAGCCAAUGCCUCCUCCAUGCACCGUUGUCGCACCAUGCUGGACAAAGACCUCAUCAACACAGGCAUUUACGAGUCAACGGGGAAACAAAGCCUGCCCUUAGUGCAGCUUGUACAACAGCUUUUAAGGAACAUCGCCUCUCAGACCAUAGCAAGGUUAAAGGAUGUUGCUCGCCGUAUCUCCAACUAUCUAGAGGCUGAGCACGUCAGUAAGGAGCGCUCUGCGUCUUUGGAUCUGCUCCUGCGUUUCCAGAGGCUGCUGGUUAGCAAGUUGUACCUGGGUGUUAACAGCACAGAGGAUGUUAAUGGAUAUGACCCAGAGCUUCUGGGUGUUGGUUCCUUGUUAAAAAAGUACAUCGCCCUGCUGUGCACUCACAUUGGAGACAUCCUCCCUGUGGCAACGAGUAUCGCAUCCACCGGUCGAAGACACUUUGCUGAAGUCUCUCGUGUUAUUGAAGGAGAUCUCACUGGAGUCCUUCUGCCUGAGCUGGUGGUGUCCAUCAUCCUCCUCCUUACUAUAGAUGCUAAACUGAUGCAGGAGACCGGUUCUAUCCCUCUGCUGGCUGGACUCCUGGAGCACUUGGACCGUUUCAACCACUUGGCCCCUGGACAUGAGAGGGAUGAUAAUGAGGACUUGGCCUGGCCAGGCAUUAUGGGGUCGUUCUUCACGGGACARAAUUCCAAGAACAACGAAGAGGUUUCACUUAUCCGCAAGGCUGACCUGGAGAAUCACAACAAAGAUGGUGGAUUCUGGACAGUAAUCGAUGGGAAAGUCUAUGACAUUAAAGACUUCCAGGCUCAGUCCCAGUCUCUAACAGGGAACAGUAUCUUAGCUCAGUUUGCAGGAGAGGACCCUGUGGUUGCUCUGGAAGCUGCUCUACAGUUUGAAGACACGAGGGAAUCUAUGCAGGCUUUCUGUGUUGGACAAUAUAUGGAGCCCAACCAGGAGACCGUCACCACUCCAGAUCUCAGCAGUCUGUCCUCUCCUCUUAUUGACACUGAGAGGAACUUGGGGCUGCUGCUGGGUCUUCAUGCCUCCUACCUUGCCAAGAGCACUCCAUUGUCGCCCAUGGAAAUCGAAUGUGCCAAAUGGCUCCAGACCUCCAUAUUCUCUGGUGGCCUUCAGACCAGUCAGAUCCACUACAACUAUAAUGAGGAAAAGGAUGAAGACCACUGCAGCUCCCUGGGUACAACCACUCCUGAUAAAGCCAAACUUUACUCCCACAGGAUAACGCUCAGCGACCAUGCUCAACCUUUUCUGCAGGCCAUCGCUGACAACAACACUCAGGACCACACUGUGAAGGACUUCUUAUGCCAAAUAGAGCGUUGUUGUAAGCAGUACCAUCUCAUUACACCCAUCACCUUCCCUCCGGAGCAUCCUGUCGAGGAAGUUGGCCGCCUGCUGCUCUGCUGCCUGCUCAAGCACCAAGACCUGGGUCACAUUGCCCUCUCACUUGUCAGUCAGUGUGCCUUGGGUGUGGACCAAGGAAAACAAAGGUCCCUCCCUAAAUCUGUGAUUGACGUAUGCCGCAUGGUCUACCAGGCAAAAUGUUCUCUAAUCAAGACCCAUCAGGAACAAGGUCGCUCCUAUAAAGAAGUGUGUGCCCCUGUUAUCGAGCGCCUACGCUUCCUGUUUAAUGAGCUGCGUCCAGCUGUGAGCAACGACCUGUCAAUCGUGUCCAAACUGAAGCUGCUGAGCUCUCAGCCUCGGUGGAGGAGGAUCGCACAGAAACUUAUCCGGGACCGAAGGAAAAAAAGAGUGCCUAAGAAGUCAGAGUCAGCUGACAUUGAAGAGCCAAAGCUGGAAAAUGAGGGGACCAACGAAGAGGAGCAUAAUGUUCACAUCAGCCCCACUCCUGCAGACAGGAAGUCACCCACUGGCAAGACAUCCAAGCAGGACAAGUGGCAGCCACUACUAAACACUGUAGCAAACGUUCAGAGGUACCGCUGGCUGAAACACAGUGUUCCUGGGGUCUUCUCUCAGUGCAGCCUUAUGGGCACCAUAGUAGAAUUUGCACUUAAAGAGGAACCACUCGACGUGGAAAAGAUGAGGAAGUGUCUUCUUAAGCAGCUGGAAAGGGCAGAGGUGAGGCUGGAGGGCAUCGACACCAUGCUGAAGUUGGCCUCUAAACACUUCCUGCUGCCGUCUGUGCAGUACGCUAUGCUCUGCGGCUGGCAGCGGGUCAUACCUGAAGGGACCAACAUUGGAGAACCCUUGUCUGACUGCCUGAAAGAUGUAGAUCUGAUCCCUCCCUUCAAUCGAAUGCUUUUGGAGGUGACAUUUGGGAAACUGUACUCCUGGUCUAUCCAGAAUGUUCGCAACAUCCUGCUUGAGGCCAGCGCUCGGUUCAAAGAGCUAGGUGUGCAGCCUGUCCCCUUACAGACCAUCACCAAUGAGAACCCAGCAGGACCAAGUCUUGGCACCAUUCCACAGGCCCGCUUCCUUCUGUCUAUGAUACAUAUGCUGUCCCUGAAACAUGGGUCAAACAGCCUGAGCCUCCUGCUAAAUUCUGGCCUUUUGGCCCUCACACAGAGUAUUCUGAAGCUCAUAGGACCCAGCACUGACAGCAGUGAGGAGGACCUCAGUUCAUGUGCACAUGGAGGCUCAGCCACAGUCCUGGAAGAGUCCCGAAAAGAGGCGGCCCCUGCUCCCUUACCUGCCUCUGGCCCAGAACUGGCGGCCAUGAUGAAGAUUGGCACCAGGGUGAUGAGGGGCGUUGACUGGAAAUGGGGUGAUCAGGAUGGUCCAGCACCAGGUCUGGGCCGAGUCAUCGGAGAGCUGGGUGAGGAUGGAUGGAUCAGAGUUCAGUGGGACACGAGCAGCACCAACUCGUACAGGAUGGGCAAAGAGGGCAAAUACGACCUGAAACUGGCGGAGCCGCCUCCAGCUGCCCAGCCCACAGCUGAGGACUCAGACACCGAGGACGACACAGAAGGUGAGMUGAUUGAGAAAAGCAGCCACCCAACAGCAAUGAUGCUGACCAGCACAGUCAACUUGUUGAAGAGCCUCUCUCUGUCUGCUGGGAUCUACGCUGAGGUUCUGCAAACAGAUGCUUUACGCACUCUGUGUGGACUACUCAGGAUGCUUGUGGAAAGUGGAGUGAACGACAAGUCCAGCUGUCACUCCCAUAGGUUGGUGUCUCGGGAGCAGCACAGGAGCUGGUGCACUCUGGGCUUCAUUCGCAGCAUUGCUCUUUUGCCACAGAUUUGCAGCACCCUCAGCACCUCUGCUUGGAUUGGCCUGCUCCUCCGGAUAGUAGAGGGACACCAGUCCUUCAACGCCAUCACUCUGCAGAGACAGAUCCUGGCACUGCGCCUCCUGCAGGCAGUCCUGCCUUCGUGGGACAAGACUGAGCGUUCUCAGGACAUGAAGUUCCUGGUGGAGAAGUUGUUCAGCUUCUUGGGAAGCCUGCUCAGCACCUGCUCAUCAGAUCUGCCACUUCUCCGAGAAGGUUCCAUGAGAAGGAGGAAGUCCCGCCCACAGGCGUCUCUGACAGCCACUCACAGCAGCACGCUGGCAGAAGAGAUAGUUGCUGUCCUGCGCACUCUACACUCCCUCACUCAGUGGAACAGUCUAAUAAACGAUUACAUCAACGCUCAGCUCAGCUCCAUUGGCGACAUUAUGACUGGCUGCCAGUCUGAGGCUUGCAUCUUGGAGGAAUAUUUUCCUGACUCAGAGGGCCCCAGAGUCUGCAGCUUGAUGGCAGUCCUGGCAGUGAUUGGUGGGAUUGAUGGGCGCCUCAGGCUGGGGGGGCAGGUUGUCCACGAGGAGUACGGAGAAGGAACGGUCACACGCAUCACACCAAAAGGACGCAUCACCGUCCAGUUCUACGAAAUGAGGACCUGCAGGGUUUGCUUGCUCAGCCACCUCAAACCGCUGCCAGGCGUCUCCUUCAGUGUGCAGAACCUGCCUCUCAAUGAGCCCAUGUUAGCAGUUUGGGCUCAGUUGGUCAACUUGGCUGGAAGCAAAUUGGAGAAACAACGUAUGAAGAAGUCUCUCAGCCGAGGGCUCACAGCUGACCAGGUGGACAUCCAUUUGCUGCGGUGUCAGCAGCUCAGGCUUUACGUUCUGAAGGCAGGACGGGCGCUGUUGUCUCAUCAGGACAAACUCAGGCAGAUCCUUUCCCAGCCCGCAGUUGUAGACAUCGGACCCAACCCCAGCGAUGAUCUGGUGGUGUCUUCUCCUGAUGUUGGAGACUUGUCUCCCGAGGGUCCACUGCCCCCCUUGAUCCUCCUGCAGCAGCUACUGUGUGCUGCCACUCAGCCCUCCCCCAUCAAAGCUAUUUUUGACAGGCAGGAGAUGGAGGCGGCAGCCCUGGCAGUGUGUCAGUACCUGGCUGUGGAAUCGGCCCACCCGUCCUCUCCACUGUUUGAGGAAAGCAGCUCCAGUGAGGCCACCACGCCUGUCACCAUCCAACAUGUCAAACCGCCCAAACAGAAGAAACAGAAGACCUCCCCUGUACCUCCGUUACCCAUCGUCCUCCAGCUUAUGGAAAUGGGCUUCCCAAGGAAGAACAUUGAAUUUGCUUUGAAGUCUCUGUCUGGUACUACAGGCAGUGCCUCUGGUGUCCCAGGGGUUGAAGCUUUGGUGAGCUGGCUGCUCGACCACCCAGACGUUCACUUCACGGAGCUGUCAGACGCUGACACCGUGUCUGAUGAAUACUCAGACGAGGAGGUGCUGGAGGAGCUGGAGGAGGCAGAGCCAGCAUUCUCUGUGCCUCCAGGAGCUGUGGUGACUGAAAGUCAGACAUAUAAGAAGAGAUCUGAUUUUCAAAGCAACGAUGAUUAUGCUGUUUAUGUGAGAGAGAACAUUCAGGUGGGAAUGAUGGUGAAGUGCUGCAGAACGUAUGAGGAAGUGUAUGAUGGGGAUGUCGGGAAAGUGAUUAAACUGGACAGAGAUGGACUUCAUGACUUGAACGUGCAGUGUGACUGGCAGCAGAAAGGAGGAACAUACUGGGUUCGCUACAUCCACAUUGAGCUCAUUGGAUUCCCACCGCAGAGUUCUCCUUCUCACAUAAAGAUUGGUGACAAAGUGAGGGUAAAGCUCACAGUCACAACACCAAAGUACAAGUGGGGCUCAGUCACACACAGGAGUGUUGGAGUAGUGAAAGCUUUCAGUGCCAAUGGGAAGGAUGUGAUUGUGGACUUCCCCCAGCAGUCCCACUGGACGGGUUUGUUGUCUGARAUGGAACUGGUACCCAGUGUUCAUCCAGGAGUUAGGUGUGAUGGCUGUCAGAUGUUUCCUAUUAAUGGCCCAAGAUUCAAGUGCAAAAACUGUGAUGAUUUUGACUUCUGUGAAAACUGCUUCAAGACACGCAAACACAACACCCGGCACUCCUUUGGUCGAAUCAACGAGCCGGGCCAGUCUCCAGCUUUCUGCGGGCGUUCAGGCAAGCAGCUUAAGAAGCACCACAACAGCCAACGUGGGAUGCUGAUCGACGACUGGUCUCGAGCUGUGAAGAGCCUGAACGUGUCGUCUGCCGUUACCCUGGCAUCCCGCCUCAUUGACAGCAGUGAUCAGUGUUGGCAGUCCUCGGGCUCACAGGGAAAGCACUGGAUUCGUCUGGAGCUUUUCCCAGACGUUCUUGUGCACAGGCUGAAAAUGAUUGUUGACCCGUCGGACAGCAGCUACAUGCCCUCACUCGUUGUAGUAUCAGGUGGAAGCUCUUUGAACAACCUAAUUGAGCUGAAGACCGUUACCAUCAAUCCUACAGACACUACAGUCCUCCUCCUUACUGAUUGCACCGAGUUUCACAGAUACAUUGAGAUUGCAAUCAAGCAGUGCCGCAGCUCCGGUAUAGACUGCAAGAUUCACGAACUCCGUGUUGUGGGCCGCAUCAGAGCGGAGGAUGAAGAUCUGGCCACUGUUCCUUUCUUAGCAUCUGACAAUGAGGAAGAUGAUGAUGAGAAAACUACAACUGGGAGUCUCGCUCGUAAGAAGUCACCAGGAUUGGAAUCAGCAGCUGCCAUCAGGACCAAAGUGUUUGUUUGGGGUCUGAAUGACAAAGACCAGCUGGGAGGACUCAAAGGCUCAAAGAUUAAAGUGCCCUCCUUUUCUGAAACACUUUCUGCUCUCAAUGUGGUGCAAGUGGCUGGUGGUUCCAAGAGUCUCUUUGCAGUGACUGUGGAGGGGAAGAUUUACGCGUGUGGAGAGGCCACGAACGGCAGGCUGGGUCUGGGCCUGUCUAGUGGGACCAUCCCAAUCCCUCGUCAGAUCACUGCACUCAGUAACUACGUGGUGAAGAAGGUGGCUGUGCAUUCUGGCGGACGCCACGCCAUGGCUCUGACUGUAGAUGGGAAGGUCUUCUCCUGGGGCGAAGGAGACGACGGCAAACUGGGACAUUUCAGUAGAAUGAACUGUGACAAGCCUCGACUGAUCGAAGCGUUGAAGAGUAAGCGUAUCCGUGACAUCGCCUGCGGCAGCUCUCACAGUGCUGCCAUCACCUCCAGCGGGGAGCUCUACAGCUGGGGUUUAGGUGAAUAUGGCCGCCUUGGUCAUGGAGACAACACCACUCAGCUAAGACCCAAACUGGUUAAAGUGCUUCUUGGACACAGAGUUAUCCAGGUGGCUUGUGGCAGCAGGGACGCUCAAACUCUGGCUCUCACUGAUGAAGGAUUGGUGUUUUCUUGGGGCGAUGGGGACUUUGGAAAACUCGGCCGGGGAGGCAGCGAGGGCUGUAACAUUCCUCAGAACAUAGAGAGGCUCAAUGGACAGAGUGUCUGCCAAAUCGAAUGUGGAGCUCAGUUUUCCCUGGCUCUGACUAAAUCUGGAGUUGUUUGGACCUGGGGUAAAGGAGACUAUUUCCGACUGGGCCAUGGUACUGAUGUCCACGUUCGAAAGCCCCAGAUGGUGGAAGGACUGAGAGGGAAAAAGAUAGUCCAUGUUGCUGUUGGAGCCCUGCACUGCCUGGCUGUCACAGAAACAGGACAGGUGUUUGCGUGGGGUGAUAAUGACCACGGGCAGCAGGGAAAUGGCACCACCACAGUGAACAGGAAACCCACCUUGGUUCAGGGUCUGGAGGGGCAGAAGAUCACUCGAGUGGCAUGUGGCUCCUCCCACAGCGUGGCCUGGACUACUGUGGAUGUGACCACACCCUCAGUUCAUGAGCCAGUCCUUUUCCAGACAGCCAGAGACUCCCUUGGAGCCUCAUACUUAGGUGUCCAGUCAGACAGCAACUCAUCAACAGGGAGCAACAAGAUGAGUGGUCAGAGCAGCUUGAAGCCAAAUCGACCCUCGCUGGCUAAGAUCCUCCUCAGCCUGGAUGGGAACUUGGCCAAACAGCAGGCUCUGUCUCAUGUCCUGUCAGCUCUCCAAAUCCUGUAUGCAAGGGAUGCAGUGGUUGGUGCUUUGAUGCCUGCCAGCAUGAUUUUGCCAACUGAGUGYCCUUCCAGCUCACCUGUUCCCCCGUUAGACUCCUCGUCUUCAUCCUGCGUCAGUGAUGAAGAAUGCCCUCCUGUCCCUCCUGAAACCGACGACAGGGUCAGCCCUAAUCCCUGGCAGGACAAGAAAGGAGAGGCUCCUUCCUCAGAAGAUGCAGUCACACCAUCUUCAGCUGUGACUCCCUCGGCCUGUGGAGCCUCCUCACGUCCUUUCAUCCCCGUCACUGACGACCCCGGAGCCGCUAGCAUCAUUGCUGAAACCAUGACAAAGACGAAAGAAGACUCAGAGAGCCAGAGUAAAGUCGUUGGCCCAGAGCCUCAGUACCUGGAUGAGUUCACGAGUCUGCUGGUGCCUGAUGAUACUCGAGUGAUGGUGGACCUGCUGAAGCUGGCGGUGUCCUGUCGCUCUGGGGACAAAGGCAAGGAGGUUCUGUCYGCUGUGCUGUCUGGCAUGGGUACAGCUUACCCACAGGUUGCCGACAUGCUGUUGGAGUUAUGUGUCACCGAACUGGAGGACGUUGCCACAGACUCGCAGAGCGGCCGGCUGUCCUCCCAACCAGUUGUUGUGGAGAGCAGCCAUCCUUACACCGACGACACGUCUACCAGCGGCACCGUGAAGAUCCCAGGUGCUGAGGGUUUGAGGAUAGAGUUCGAUCGGCAGUGCUCAACUGAGAGGCGCCACGACCCRCUAACAAUCAUGGAUGGAGCUAACAGGAUCGUGUCUGUCCGAUCAGGWCGAGAGUGGUCCGAUUGGUCCAGUGAGUUAAGGAUCCCAGGAGAUGAACUCAAAUGGAAGUUUACAAGUGAUGGUUCAGUUAAUGGUUGGGGCUGGCGUUUCACCGUUUACCCCAUCAUGCCUGCAGCUGGUCCCAAAGACUUGCUGUCUGAUCGCUGCAUUCUGUCCUGCCCCUCCAUGGACCUGGUCACAUGCCUCCUAGACUUCAGGCUCAACUUUGCCUCCAACAGGAGCAUCGUGCCCCGCCUAGCUGCUUCUCUUGCUGCUUGUGCCCAGCUCAGUGCAUUAGCUGCUCGACACAGGAUGUGGGCCCUGCAGAGGCUCCGCAAGCUGCUGACCACAGAGUACGGUCAGUCCAUCAACAUAAACAGGCUGCUGGGAGACAGCGAAGGAGAUGCUCGCUCUAUUAGUUUCACAGGCAGCGCUCUGGCUGCUCUUGUAAAAGGACUUCCUGAGGCUCUGCAGAGGCAGUUUGAGUACGAGGACCCCAUAGUCAGAGGAGGCAAGCAGCUGCUUCACAGUCCAUUUUUCAAGGUCUUGGUUGCUCUAGCUUGUGACCUUGAGCUUGACACGUUACCCUGCUGCGCCGAGACACACAAGUGGGCGUGGUUCCGUCGAUACUGCACUGCCUCCAGAGUGGCCGUGGCCCUCGAUAAGAGAACAUCUCUACCACGAACCUUCCUGGAUGAGGUUACCAAGAAAAUCCGAGAGCUCAUGGCCGAUCACGAAACCAUGAACGGACUUCACGAGAGCCACGACUUGUUCAAGCGCGAGCACGAUGAGCAGCUGGUACAGUGGAUGAACCGACGCCCAGACGACUGGACCCUCUCUGCCGGAGGGAGCGGUACCAUUUAUGGCUGGGGCCACAACCACAGAGGGCAGCUAGGGGGCAUCGAGGGGGCAAAAGUCAAAGUCCCCACACCCACCGAAGCUCUCGCCACACUGCGACCAGUACAGCUGAUUGGAGGAGAGCAGACUCUGUUUGCUGUCACUGCUGAUGGAAAGCUGUACGCAACUGGUUAUGGAGCAGGGGGCAGGCUGGGCAUUGGUGGCACCGAGUCGGUGUCCACCCCAACUUUACUGGAGUCCAUCCAGCACGUCUUUAUCAAGAAGGUGGCUGUGAACUCAGGAGGGAAGCACUGCCUGGCCCUGUCCUCUGAGGGGGAGGUUUACUCCUGGGGAGAGGCUGAGGAUGGAAAACUGGGACACGGGAACCGAAGCCCCUGUGACCGUCCUCGUGUGAUCGAGUCUCUGAGGGGGGUAGAAGUGGUGGAUAUAGCUGCUGGAGGCGCCCACAGCGCCUGCAUCACAGCCAGCGGAGAGCUCUUCACCUGGGGCAAAGGGCGCUAUGGAAGACUGGGACACGGAGACAGUGAGGACCAGCUUAAACCCAAACUGGUGGAUGCACUGCAGGGUCACAGGGUCAUUGAUGUCGCCUGUGGCAGCGGAGACGCCCAGACGCUGUGUCUCACUGAUGAUGAUAUGGUCUGGUCUUGGGGAGACGGGGAUUAUGGAAAGCUGGGCCGGGGAGGCAGCGAUGGAUGUAAAGUCCCCAUGAAGAUUGACUCUCUAACUGGCCUUGGAGUGGUGAAAGUGGAGUGCGGCUCUCAGUUCUCCGUGGCGCUGACUAAAUCUGGGGCAGUCUACACUUGGGGAAAAGGUGACUACCAUCGGCUGGGUCACGGCUCUGACGAUCACGUGCGACGACCCAGACAGGUUCAGGGGCUGCAAGGAAAAAAGGUCAUUGCCAUCGCCACGGGGUCUCUGCACUGUGUUUGCUGCACAGAAGAAGGAGAGGUGUACACUUGGGGUGACAACGAUGAAGGCCAGCUCGGAGACGGGACCACUAACGCCAUCCAGAGGCCGCGGCUAGUGGCCGCGCUGCAGGGCAAGAAAAUCAACCGAGUGGCCUGUGGCUCUGCUCACACUCUGGCCUGGUCCACCAGCAAGCCCACUAACGCUGGCAAACUGCCUGCACAGGUUCCUAUGGAGUACAAUCAUCUGCAGGAGAUCCCCAUCAUGGCUCUGAGGAACAGGUUGCUGCUGCUGCAUCAUUUCUCUGAGCUCUUCUGUCCGUGCAUCCCCAUGUUUGACCUGGAGGGCAGGCUGGGUCAGACAGGCCACGGCCCAUCAGUCGGCUUUGACACACUCAGGGGCAUCCUCAUCUCUCAGGGCAAGGAAGCAGCUUUCAGGAAGGUGGUUCAAGCUACCAUGGUAAGAGACCGACAGCACGGACCUGUGGUGGAGCUGAACAGAAUACAGGUUAAGCGUUCCCGCAGCAAAGGAGGUCUGGCAGGUCCCGACGGAACCAAGUCUGUGUUUGGUCAGAUGUGUGCCAAAAUGAGUUCAUUCAGCCCWGACAGCCUGCUGCUCCCCCAUCGCGUCUGGAAGGUUAAGUUUGUGGGCGAGUCUGUAGACGACUGUGGCGGAGGCUACAGUGAGUCCAUCGCUGAAAUGUGCGAAGAGCUACAGAAUUCUCUKACGCCGCUGCUCAUCGUCACCCCCAACGGCCGCGACGAGUCCGGAGCCAACAGGGACUGUUUCCUGYUAAACCCCGCAGCCAAGUCCUCUCUUCACAUGAGCAUGUUUCGCUUCUUAGGAGUCCUGCUUGGAAUUGCAAUCCGAACUGGAAGCCCCCUCAGCCUGAAUCUGGCUGAGCCUGUAUGGAAGCAGCUGGCAGGCAUGAACCUGACAAUUGCUGACCUCAGUGAGGUUGAUAAAGAUUUUAUUCCUGGCUUGAUGUACAUCAGAGACAACGAAGCCACAGCUGAAGAGUUCGAGGCCAUGACCCUGCCCUUCACCGUGCCCAACGCCAGCGGUCAGGACAUCCAGCUCAGCUCCAAAUACUCCCACAUCACCCUGGAGAACCGAGCUGAAUAUGUCCGCCUGGCCAUUAAUUACAGACUCCAUGAGUUUGAUGAGCAGGUGUCUGCGGUGCGUGAAGGCAUGGCCCGAGUGGUUCCCGUCCCCCUGCURUCACUUUUCACUGGUUACGAGCUGGAGACCAUGGUGUGUGGAAGUCCUGACAUCCCGCUCCACCUGCUGAAGUCGGUGGCCACCUAUAAAGGCGUGGAGCCCACGGCGCCGCUCAUCCAGUGGUUCUGGGAAGUGAUGGAGUCCUUCUCCAACACGGAGAGGUCGCUGUUCCUGAGGUUCGUCUGGGGUCGCACACGGCUGCCGCGCACCAUCGCAGACUUUCGAGGUCGGGACUUUGUUGUGCAGGUGCUGGACAAAUACAUCCCUCCUGACCACUUCCUGCCAGAGUCCUACACGUGUUUCUUCCUGCUCAAGCUGCCCAGGUACUCGUGCAAACAUGUGCUGGAGGGGAAGCUGAAAUACGCUAUCCACUUCUGCAAGUCCAUCGACACGGACGACUACGCCCGCAUCGCCCUCUCCGGGGAACCAGCGGCCGACGACAGCAGCGAGGACUCUGAUAACGAGGACGCCGACUCGUUUGCCUCCGACUCCACGCAGGACUACCUGACGGGACACUGAAGCCUUGGCUUCAAACAAGCAGCUGCUGCAGAUAAUCUGUGUUAAUCUGUCGCACACGUUCAGACAUUCUGCUGAGAGAGGAUGUGCAAUGAACUUCAAAAGAAUUAUAAGCUAAUCAAGAAGGAAACAGCAGUUUAGUUUCUUCAAAUGACGCAGGAUGAUCAGCUGCUCCUGUGAUUGUUGUGUUACAUGGGAUUACAGUAAUAUUGUUGCAGUUACAGCCUAGCACUGUGGUAGAUUUCUCUUUGCUUUGUGUGAAAUAAUCGUCUUUAGACUGUAUAUAAAAGUUGAUGUGAUAAAAUCAAGAGUUCCCUUUUUUUAGUAAUGGCCACGUUUCUUUAUAUAUAUAUAUUAAAAAUGACGAAAAUUCUUUUUAACUUAAAGCCAGUGUUUGUCACGGGGCUCCCUUCAGUCAGAGGCCAAAGAAGGGUCCCCCCCACCCCUACCCCACACCCCCUCAAUAUAAUUGUGCACUGUCAAAUUAAACAAUGUAAAUGAUCGUGCCAUGUAUUCACAACACAAGGUCUCAUUCCUUCAUGAUAAAUGUUCAUACAUUUCUGUUAAUAAAUACCAUGAGAACAAUGUA